AUGUUGGUUCACAACCUCACUGAGCUUUCUCAGUUAUAUCUUGAUGGUGUCCUAAUAUUAGAACAGGGGAGUGAGUUAUGCCGAGCCAUAUCAUCUUCCAUUCCCAACCUCCAGGUCUUGAGCAUGUCCUAUUGUGAUCUUUCAGGCCCUCUUCUCGAGUCCCUUGGUCAGCUUCAAUCUUUAUCCGAAAUUAGGUUGGACGGGAACAAUAUCUCUGAGCCAGUUCCAGGUUUCUUUGCCAACUUUUCAAACUUGACUAUCUUGAGUCUCCAAGGAUGCAGGUUGCAUGGAACAUUACCCAAAGUGAUCUUUCACUUACCUUCUCUACAGUAUAUUGACCUUUCAUAUAAUGACCAACUUGAUGGUUCCUUGCCAGAAUUCCCAAGGAAUGGAUCUCUUGAGUACCUUUGCAAUUUCAAAGGACUGAUUCCCAAGUCAAUCAAAAACCAUACACAAUUGGUUUCUUUGUCAAUGUCUGGUAACAAGUUGGAAGGUUCAAUUCCGUCAUUUAGUGGGGCCAAGAAUGUUGUCAACAUAGACCUUUCCCACAAUGGUCUAACAGGGAAAAUUCUAAUCGAGAUUUCUCGCUUGAGGAAGUUGGAAGUUCUCGAUUUUUCUAACUAUUAUUUUAAUAACCCCUACGGCAUUGGAAGUCUAAAUUUAUACAUGUUGGUUGACAACCUCACUGAGCUUUCUCAGUUAUAUCUUGAUGGUGUCCUAAUAUCAGAACAGGGGAGUGAGUUAUGCCGAGCCAUAUCAUCUUCCAUUCCCAACCUCCAGGUCUUGAGCAUAUGUCCUAUUGUGAUCUUUCAGGCCCUCUUCUCGAGUCCCUUGGUCAGCUUCAAUCUUUAUCCGAAAUUAGGUUGGACGGGAACAAUAUCUCUGAGCCAGUUCCAGUAUAUUGACCUUUCAUAUAAUGACCAACUUGAUGGUUCCUUGCCAGAAUUCCCAAGGAAUGGAUCUCUUGAGUACCUGUAUCUAACCUUGACAAAAUUUUCAGGGUUAUUGCCAAAGUCUAUUGGCAAUCUCAAAAUGUUGUCCACCAUACAUAUUCACAGUUGCAAUUUCAAAGGACUGAUUCCCAAGUCAAUCAAAAACCAUACACAAUUGGUUUCUUUGUCAAUGUCUGGUAACAAGUUGGAAGGUUCAAUUCCGUCAUUUAGUGGGGCCAAGAAUGUUGUCAACAUAGACCUUUCCCACAAUGGUCUAACAGGUACUAUCAACUUCAGCCACUGGAGAAACCUUACUAAGCUGUCUUCUCUCAUUUUGAGCUCUAACAAGCUCGAUGGGGAUGUCCCAGCGUCUUUGUUUUCUCUUCCCCUAUUGUAUCAUAUAGAUCUUUCUAGCAAUCUAUUCUCUGGUCCAUUCCCUGAAAUUUUAAAUGUGUCUUCCCACUUGCUGAAUGGUCCUGAUCUUGAACUUGAUUUGAGUAGCAACAAUCUCGAAGGGCCACUGCCUAUGUCUAUCUUUAGCUUGCGAGGUCUUAAGGCUCUAGAUCUUUCUUCAAAUAAUUUAAGUGGCUCGUUUCCUCUUGAUGGUCUAUACCAGCUGAGAUAUCUUUUUGAACUUGAUCUUUCACACAAUAACUUGUUUCUUAGCCAUGAUCAUACCAAUUUCUCAUAUUCCUCAUUUUCUCAACAAUCUACUUUGAGCUUGGUGUCAUUGAAAUUGAGAACAUUUCCUAAUUUCUUGAGAAAUCAAUCUAACUUGCAAAGAUUGGACAUUUCAGAUAACUAG